GAGACAGAUGUGCUCAUGAUAAAGAGAGAGAGAGAUCAUAAAAUUCACAAAAGAAAACUACAAAGAUGGAAUGUUAAAAAGAAGAGACACAUCUGAAAUCACACUGGAAUAUAUAAGAACAAGAGAGAGGAAGAUGAUGAAGAACGCUCUGUUCACCUACACGAGACUCUCUGAUGAAGACAGGUAAACAAGACAACUGGUGGAUUACAGUUAGACAACCAAUGGUGACCAGGAGUGAACCCAAGCAUUUCUGACAAAUGAGAUCUCUGCUUACACUGUGGAGCUUCCAAAACUCACAGACGACCCAUUUGUUUCCUGUAGGGAGUGAUUACCUUUGAAUUAGAUAGUAUGCUUCAAAACCGAGCCCUCACCCUUUCCAGCUCCUCCUCAGGGGGUUGAGCCAAUCAGUAGAGGUCAUGGGCCGACGGGCAGCUGACACAUCAAAUGCAGUGCCAGCAUUAGAGAUGCCUGUAGCGGGAGGGCGGGCCAUGCUCUCUCAGAAAUGGGGUCCUUUGUGCAGCGUCGGUGUACAAACGUCGCCAGGACUUCGUUCACUUCCAUCAUUAAAGAGGAGGAAUCAAACCGUCAGCGCCACCAAUGGACCGACUGUGGAAACCAUGUCUCUAGAUCGGAUCCGGCGCUGUGACGUCAACGGCAGGCACAUCGUCAAGUCAAAGAACAGCGGCAAUCACGUACCGCAGGAGAAUGAUGUGUACUGUCAAAUUAACACUGUUGAAAUUAACUCCAACCAAUCGGGGCCAAGAGGAAGUUUAAAGCGAACCCCUCGGUACACUAAUGGAAGUGUUGUUGCACCUGAGGUGGUGGGCGGGGUUUGUAGUGAGGGAGCAGAAACAGAGGAUCCAAGACGACAAUGUCAAACGAUGGCACGAGAUCACAAGCGGGGUCAGUCACUUAAAGGGGAAAGAUCCAGACCAGUCGUGAACUACGCCAGCUCAUCCUCAACGACGCCUCGCCCAUGUAGAACACUGGCAUUAUCGCCCAGACUGUGUGGCGCCUGCGGGAGGAGACAGUCUCAAGCCCCACCCUGCAUGGCACCGGCUUGUCGAAAGCGAGCGGCUAGUCAGGUGACCCUUCUGACUCCACAGACAAAAAGUUCUUUACCAGGACUGCAAAAACGAAAUUCCACAGUGGCACAACCAACGUACACCCAAAUUCCCAACAUACACAAUCAACAACUGCCAUGUGAAUCCACCACCUCAGCAUUAAACCAAAAAGACAUGCAAACAAAAUCAGAAGCAUCGGCACUGAAGAAAAAGGCAGAAAAACCAAAAAUGUGCCAUGGUGAAUCAACUACACAGUUAAAGCAAUCCCAAGCACAUGACAAGAUACACAAACCCCAGCACACGCAAGCUACAGAAUGUACUGCACAAGGCAUAACACACGACACACCGGGAAGGGACAAGUGCACAACCACAGAAAAGCACGGAACUCUUGCAUGUCCCAAACCGCUACCCCCCACACUUCCGGUUGGCUCGGAGUUAAAAGCUACGCCCGCUCUUCCGCCCAGGAAUUCAAAACAAAUACAUGUCGAGUCCAAACCAGCACCUCCAGAACUUCUCAUUGGCUCAGACAUGAAGCCAAAGUCACAAUCUCCACCUCCUGACUCCAAACCUAAAACCGAGAGAGACCCAGACGCACACCCACCGCAAACAGAUGAAAUCCCACAAUGCAACGGUGGACCGGGUGUGCUACACGGACUGUUACAGAAUGUAGAGGAAAACUUGUUGUAUAAUCAAGAAAAGAUCAAAGUUCUUCUCAAUGUCAUCCAGGAUUUAGAGAGGAACAAGGCAAUGAGUGAGGGGCGACGCUCCUACAGAACAGGUCAGGACAUCAACAACUGCUCCACCUGUCAGAAGACAGCCUGCAUAAUAUACAGUGUUGAACAUGACUUCCGUGUACAGGAGGGGAAAUUUCAAAACAUUCUUGAAGUGCUGGAGGCGGAGUAUGAUGUCCCCACCCCUGUCCCAAAGUCCGCCUUCAUACGACCACAAACUAAAAGCCGUGUCAAGAAACUGCGAAAGAAAUGCUUCUGGUGGCUGUAGCACCUGACCAUCACCACCAUGGAUAUUAAACGGCAGCACAGAAACGCACUAUUACGCUUGAUUGUAUUCGUGGAAAAUGCCCCAGCUUGAUGGGGAGUUCACCAGCAUCACUGUUGUCAUGGAGAUACAAGACGUUUAUGAUUAUUAUUAUUACAGAAAUGUAAAAAUCAAGGACUCGUGAAUUUUAUCGAUCACAAAAAUAUAACCGGAGAUGACAAACUUCUUAAAACAUCCACUGACAUCCUUAUAACUCAAGGUCAAUUCAGUCCAUGGAGACCCACAAGACCCUGUGUCUUAUCCCCAACAUGCUGUCUGCCAGAGAUGUUACUCAGUCGAUAUGUGUUGACAACUUACACCAGCUAAUGAAUGUCUAAAGCUCUGUCCUAAAAUCCAGUGAAAGCUGCCUGCCUAGACAGCAUCAUGUGCAUACAAAACAUACAAAGUCGAAAAAUGCUUGGCAGAGAAAGCAAUCCCAGAAUGCAUAAUAAAAAACACUGACUAGUAUUGAAAAUAAGAAUAAGCUGUGAAAAAUGUGCGUUUUAAUAAAAACAGACAUGUGAAUGCUGAUGUCAAAGUCAUGUAGAGUAAAUAAAGACAGAAGGGCAAAUAAACUUGGUUUUGGAGCAGAGCUUAAAUAAAUCAAUUCGGUUCAAGAACAGAAAACCCAGAUGUUCUUAAAUCCUCAACAAGCAGAAAAACUCACUUUAUUUCAUCUGUAUGUUGCUCUUUGAAUUAAGAUUUCAAAUAGAUUAAAGACACUGCUCAUUCACACAAAACUGAAUUUAAUGUGUAUAUGUUUGCUAUUCUCACAAACGGUACUGUAGCUGAAUUGUAUAGACACAUUAUGUUUAAUAGACGAAUAUAUUUUCCUCUUAUUCAUAUAUAUUACUUGUAUGUAUGCACAUACACACUGGUUUAAAUGUCUUCCAGUCUAUCUCUUUCCAUUUCCAGAGUUGAAAACAUAUACAGUAUAAAUAUAUAAAGAAUAUCAUACUAUAUUGGAUGUAUUUUUAUAUGCUGAUAUUCUGAUAAGACUACAUUUCUCCUUCACCUGUUUGUAAUUGAUAUAUUUAGG